AAAAUGGCAGGUGCUCCUACUGAAUAUCCUCCAGACCAAGGCAAAAAGGGUGGGAAAAAGAAAACUCCAGAAGAAGUGAAGAAAACUUCUAAGGUUGCUGGCAAAAGAAAAGCAGAUGUCAGUCCUGCCAAGAGAAAUGCUGGAAAGAGAAAAAAAAAUACAAGAAGUACCAUCAGAUGAACCCUCUCAAGAUCCUACUGAUGAAAGUUCUACUGUCAGUGAUGAUGAUAGUGAAGAGUUUGUUUAUAGAGCAGAAGCAGAGCCUGUCAGUGAGGAUGAUUAUGAGGUGGAGGAAGAGGAAGAAGUAAAGCCAAGGAAGAAACAGGCAAAGAAAGGGAAUUCAGUGAAGGCAAAGGUUGAAAAGGAGGAGCAAAAGAUGGUACUGUAUGAUGAAGGAAAGAUUGAAGGUAGGGGAAAAAAGAAAAUGAAAACUGAAAUGGUUCAAGCAAUAGAAACUGAUGAAGUUGAGGAAAUUCAGGAAGAUGAAUUUGAGGAAGAGAAAUCUUCAAAGAGAGGAGGACAUGUGAAGUUCAUUGCAUGGAUAAAAAAGAUGACACCUACCCAAAAACAACAAGUUGUUGAUAUAGGGUUAGGAUCACUUCUUGACAUUAGUUUACCUCAACUUGAUCAAAAGUUUUGUAAUUGGUUAUUGGGAAGUUUUGAAGAUAAUAGCCAGUGUUUUGAACUACCAAAGAAUGAAAAAAUAGAAAUUGAGGUAGAGGAUGUUAGGGUAGUUUAUGGCUUGCCUACAGGAGAAAUUCCAAUUGUUGAGCCAAAGUCUGAUAAAAUUAGUGAGGAGUAUGCAGAAUUUCUGAAGAAAUGGAGAAAAUCAUGGUCAGGAAAAACUCCAUCAGUGAGUCAGAUUGUGAAUGGAUACAUAAAUGAUAAAUUCACCAACAACAGACCACCAAGUGAACAUUUCAUUACUAACUUUUUAGCAGUGGCUGUGAACUGCUUGAUGAAAUGUGUAUCAAACAAUCAAUGCCAUUUCAAAUUUCUUUAUUCUAUGAUGGACAAAGAAAACAUAAAAAAUUUGAACUGGUGUCAGUUUGUAUAUGACUCACUUAUCAAAUGUCAUGUUGAUUGGAGAAAGCAGCAAGGCAAGGGGUUCUACAAAGGCCCUCUUCAAUUUCUGAUGUUGUUCUAUUUUGAUAGAGUUCAGAGGUUAGACAAAAGGCCUCCAAGAACAAUUCCUAUCAUAUCUGCAUGGAAUAGAGACAUGGUUCUUGAGAGGUUGAAGAUUGAAUUAGAAUUGGGAUUUGGGAGAGGGAAAAUUCUACCAAGGAUUGCUGCAGAAGUUGAAGAAAGUCCUAAGGUUUUUAUGGAUGAUUUUGUUUCCCUGGUAAAAACAACUUGUUCAAACCUGUCAAAGCUUUCUUCAAAAUUGGUGAAGGCAAAGGAUAUCUUCCCUGGAAAUGACUUGGUGAAAAAAGUUGAUGAAGUUUUAGGAAAGGUGGCAGCUAGGGAACCAUCAAUUCUAAGCCAAGAUGAAGAAUUCUUUGGCAGUGAGGAUUUCCUAAAUGCACUUGCACAAGCUGAGAAGAAUCUGAUGCAAGGGUCUAAAAAGCAAACAACUGAGAAGCAAAUGACUGGGAAGAAAUUAACCAAAAAGGGAAAGGAAAAAGAACAAGAAUAUGACAUCAGAAAAGCUUUCAGCUUGGGGUUGACUCCACCUUCUCCAGCCAUUGAAACAGGGCCCACCUCUUCAACACUUGGUGAUAUAAUUGAACAACCAAUAAUUUCAACAAAUGCUGGAGAAAAGGAUGUGGGUAAAACUUCAGCAGCUUCAGAACAAAGAAUUGAAGAAUUUUCUAGAACUGACGCAACAACUGGUUCAAAAUUUGAUGCUGACACUAGGUCAGAUAAUGAAGGAUUGCCUAGAACAGGUAUAAUGUUCAAUUAUAAAUACUCAAAUGUUCAUUUACAAAGAAAUUAUAUUAUAUCUAAUUAAAUUUUUUCUUAGAU